UGGACGAGGAAGACCUGCAGAAAUCUAACUUAUUCACUAUUUAUAUUAACUUAUCGUCCUCUUUGGAAAAUGCUGAGCUGUGGAAACGUGUUCAGGAGUGCGCUGGUCGCCAUCGUCCUGUUUGCUUUGCUCGACUGUGGAGCUCAAUCUAUUCCUCAGAAGAUAACGCCCUGCUGUAAGAAAGUCUCCACGCAGCCCGUCACUGAGCCCAUCACAGGAUUCACUGUCCAGAAAACAGCGCCACCAUGUGUCACCGCUGUCAUCUUCUUCACCAACUCUGGUUUCUACUGCUCUCUGCUCAGAGCGCCCUGGGUCAGAAAGAAGAUUUCUGAAUUCAUGGAAGCCAAAGCUCGGUCCACUCCUCCUCCAAAGGUCUCCCUCCUCUCCAUCAUCACAUCGUCCUCCCCCACGUCAGCUCGGCCUUCAUCCUCCUCCACUCUUCCCUCUUCCUCCUCCACUCUUCCCUCCACCUCCUCCACUCUUCCCUCUUCCUCCUCCACUCUUCCCUCCACCUCCACCUCCACUCUUCCACCUCCUCCACCUCCCUCCUCCUCCCCUCUCCCCUCC